AUGCAAUCAUCAAUCCCCUACGACCCCAGCCUAGUUCUUGGCAGCGUCCUGAGCAAUGCCACCCUCCAACUGGUCAACGAAAUAUCGCGAGCCGAGGCGCCCGUCAGCGCCACCCGUGAAGAGCUAGAAGCUCUGGUGGCGUCUCGAAAAAGUCUCGGCAAGACCAAAUCCGAGCUCAUCAAUCUUGGAAUCGAUACAUCCCCCAUUGAUGACGAGAUCAACAACUUGAGCUCCAGGAUCGCGAGCGUCACCGAGGACUAUGCCAGGAUCAAGCUCAAGGUCGAGGCAGCCGUUGGAAGCCUUCGUUCAAAGAUCUAUGGCAUCGGCAAUAGCGCAGGAGUGGAAAGGCCGAUCGAUUUUCUCAAGGCACAGCAGGUAUCGAUUCCUUUGGCCGCCGAAUCCCUCAAAGUGGACGCUCAGUACUUCUCUAUGGAUCCCAAUGAGCAGAGCGCAAAUUCGUUUGCUAGCAAUAUUUCCUCAGUAGUAUCGGACGCGACCAGCUGGUUGGGGACCAGGCUCUCGGCUGAAAUAAGCCAGGCUGCUGAGGCUCAGGUCCUCGGCCAAGUGAAAAGACACAGUGUGGCUGGCACAUUGAUUCUAUCCGCCUCGUGUACACACAGAGAUGGGUUGAUUCUCGAGCCAUUGGCGAUUGACCCUGAAAAGGGCAUCAAGGCUUGGAAUCGCCUGUUCCCUGAUGACAGGAUUGACGCAACUAAACCAAGAGAGAUGGUUGAAUUAGCCCGCACAGCAGAUGGAAGCGAGGCUGAUAACAAGCUCGGCCUCGUGUCGGGAAUGAGCCUCGGGUCAAGCUUCAUCGGCAUGGUUCACGUCUUGAACUCGACCAGCAGCAACGUCCAAACCCCCGCCGUGAGGAGCCAUGUCACCUUCCUCACCACGGGCACGACCCCGGAGGUGACCCUCAGCGAGUCCGCAUCAGACAAGCCAGAAUUGGAUACUCUUCUGCCUGCCUUACAGAGAGUUCAAUUGAACGAUCUGGACGAUGGUACCUUGAAUCCAGGGCAGCUUGGGCAGGGUCUGGUGGAUUCAGCGCUAACAAAGGUCAACAGCAGCAUCAGCAAACUUCUUGAUGUCAAUUAUAUGACGGCCGCCCUUAACGACUUCCUGCGGAAGGCUUCCAGUGGUGGCAUAGGUGUGCCAUUGAGCUAUCACCUGAGACAGGUUAACAAAGGCGAUAUCGCUGAGGCAUGGGUGGCCAAAUACCAUCCUGAGAGUCCAGUAUCUUAG